UGCGCGGGCACCAUGAGACCCGAGGCGGCGGCCGGAGCCCGGGAGGCGCGGGGGCGCGUCUGUCAGUGUCCCGCGGACGGUCCCCGGAGGCCACCGCCGCCGCGCGGGCCCGAGAGCCCCACACCAUGGAGACCUUGGAUCCUCACACCCCAAGAAGCUGAGCUGACCAGAGCCGGAAGCCGGCUUGAACCUGAAGGUGACCAACAAGCUCCGGGAUCAAAGGGGGCCUUUGGGUUUCAGCAUCCUGUAAGACUUUAUUUACCCAUUUCAAAGCGCCAAGAGUAUCUGCAGAGUUCUGGGGAAAAAGUGCUGGCCAGUUUCCCAGUGCAAGCCACAAUUCAUUUCUACAAUGACGAAUCUGGUUCAGAUGAUGAAGAACAAGAGGAAGAAACCCAGUCUUCCAAUCUUCAGAGUCAGGCGGAGAAUGGCCCAGGAGGGAAGGACAGAGGUCAGCUGACAAACCCAAGAUGGAGUUCUGUAGGACAGAGUGGCCUCGGUGGUAAGGGUCGACUCCCUCAUGGUGACUCUCUGGGGGGCACAGAGUGUGCCUCGCCCAAAUAAAUGGGGUAUCUCUCCCACACCAGACUUGGCUCACAU